ACUUUCUCUCUGACCACGGCACUACUACAACAGUGAAAUAAAUGUUGCAGAACAACUAUGCCUUCUUCAAUCCCAUUGCACAGUCAUGAGGCAGUGGUGCUAUCUUGGACAGCUUAUAAGUAAACAAGGUUAAUCUUUGCUUCCAACAGAGAAUGAAAUCAUUAUGGCCAUAUGCCAUCUCCUGUGUUCUGCUCGCCACCGGACUAACUACUCAAUACAUCUGGAGUGGCAAGUUUGUCUCUACUGAGGAUGAGGACCACUCUGAGAUGUCCUUACCUGACACACAAUGUCAUCAGUGCGAGACUGAGGACAUGUGCGUCACCGCAGAGGUUGGUUCCAUGAAGGGUGCGAGGAGUUGCCGGGAAGAUGGAAAACACCGUCCCUAUCUUAGCUGCCAGGAGAUUGAGGAGGUUGAAUUGGAGAGGAAGAUAGGGGAGGGGGCUGUCAAAGAGGUUCAUCUGGCACGAUGGCGAGGAUUGAGAGUUGCAUACUCCUCCCUGAUCCAUCCCCAACAUCUUGAAGACUUUCUCCAUGGUGCUGAGAUGCUGCGAGCACUGCAGCCUCAUGACUUAGUCAUCCGGCUCAUUGGUCUCUGUCUCCAUGGCGACAGGCCAGUCAUUGUAACCGAGUAUCACCAACUUGGAUCCGCUGACAGAAUCAACGAUAUACUCUCUCAAGAAAACCUCUCCGACAGGAACACGGUUCGUACAAGAUUCCAGUUGUGCCUGGAUUACGCGCAGAUUCUUUCCUUGUUGCAUUCCGGUCCCGCCGGCACGCGCAUCAUGUGCGACAGCAAUGAUGUUGGCAAGACCCUGUCCCAGUUCUUGGUCACCGAUGACCUGCGGCUGGUCAUCAACGAUUUGGAUGCUCUGCCUCUGGUAGAUCGAGCCAGGGGUAAGCUUACUAAAUGUGGCCACAGACAGCUCUGGGGGGAUUUCGUUGCUCCAGAGCAACUCUGGCCAUUUGACGAGCGUGAGUUCCGAGAUGCAGACAUGCCACUGUACGACGAGAAAACCGACAUAUGGAAAGUCCCGGAUGUAACUGACACCCUCCUGGGAAAUGUUCCACACGGGGACAUCAUCAGGUUACAUUUAUUCAAAAUCCAUAGACAGUGCAAGGAGUUGAAUCCUACAUCACGACCCACCGCAGAAGAAGUCCUCAAGCAGUACAAAGAAAUUUUCAACUCUGUCAUUGAUGAUCAAUGAUAAUUUAAAACUGAUACUUAAUGUUGAUUUGAAUCUGUAAGCAGGUGUUUGCCCCAACGGCAAUUACUGUCUUUCACGGGAAAUAUUUAGUUUAAUUUCUGAAUAUUUACUUUCAAGCCUUUUUUUCCCAGCAUAGCAAAAUUCAGUGAGCUGUGUUUGACAUAAAAAAAAAGAAAAUGAUCAGAUAGUUUACAAGAUUACGAAAAACCGACAUGAUACGUAGAAAUACAACCUGUCAACGGACCAGACGAACCACUCAAAAAAAAGGGAAGAACUUGUAAAGAUUCCUUUUCAUAUUUGUUUGCAAUAAACAACACGGCACAUUGCAGCAACUUCUCCACAAAAGGAAUUCGAAAAGGACAAAAGAUCAAGUUGAAUUGUUUUAUUUCACAUUGAUCUGACAUGAUUAGGCAGUCGACAUUUGAACUUAUAAAUUAAUAAAGAAUCUUCAAAGCAAAGAUUAUAAAAAAUA